CUGUGAUUCCCAGACUGCCUGCAGUGCCUUUGCAGAGCUCCUCUGAGUACCAACUCCUCAGGUGCCUCUCCGUUGUAUGGCAUGGAUGCAACCACUGGCCCAGUUUGCAGGCUCAUCAUAGGCUCUGCAGCACAGGCUGGCAGCAGCAGGGCCAGAGGGUGGGAGCUGGUGUGCUGGGAGAGGAAGCACAAGCAGUGGAUUCCUGCAGAGCUGAAAUGGCAUCUUCUGGAUGGAUGGAAAGCAUCUGCCACUGGAGGGUACCAGUAGAUUUUGUACUCCUUUCCUGCCCAGGAUAACCUAAAAACCUUGUAAUUUAUACAAAGACAGCCCCAGACAGAAUGCUAAAAUGCAAUGUCUGUGCCAGCUGAGGUUCUGUGUGAGGUACUGAAUCACUUCUAUGGCAUUUUUUAUAUGUGCAAAUCGAUGGUUUUAGCUUGGGAGAAGAUAUGAAAGAUGAAUAAAUAGCAGCACUUCAAACAAACCCAUACUCUGUUCUUCACUGCUGUAUAUAGACCUCUGACUUGCUAAUGCUGCUGCUGUUACUUUGUGUAGAUUGGCCCAGGGAUAUCACAAUUUAGCAUCUGCCAUUUCUUAUACAUGAGGCAGCGUAGGAACACUCUUCCUUUACAAAAAUAACUAAGGAUGGAGGAUAACAGAGAUGACGUGCACACAGAUAUUUUUAGCUAAAGGAACUCGAUUGUUUGAGAAGUUUAGGUCUGUAAAGAUAACAGAGUUCUUCAACUGUUCCCAUCUGUCUCGUCCCUGUCCCAUGUCAGCAGGGGGAAGUAGUAACUAAGAUCUUCUGUGGCUUAGAUACAAAGUGCUCUCAUUGGAUUAUUUUUGCCUGCCUUUCUUUCUUCCCUCCUUAACAUUCGUAAGAAGUUUUAUUUAUACUCUGCUAUGAGCUAGUGUAUCUACUAUGGAAAAGUACUGACAACUUCUUCACCAGUGACAAAUCCAAGCAAACCUGCUUCCUUUUACAACAUUUUGGCUAAUUUGGAGUAAAAUACUGCACGUGCUGCUCAGAUUUCUUCUGCCUUCGAGAUAUUUUUCUGGUUUCAAUUAGCCCGACUGCUGUAACAGCAGUUUUCUAAAAAUUGCAGUGCCGGUGUCUUGGAGGCACGCAGCAAGAGGGACACCUCUGGUUCCCCACCCGCUCCAGGGCUGCGUCUCCAACCCCGAGCCUGCCCCAGCUGAGCUCGCUUAGCCCCACCCUCCAAGCAGUCCAGCCUUUAUUUAUAUGAAGUCUGUGGUCCAACUGGCUUCAGAUGGUGUGUGUAUGUGCGUGUGCCUGCCUCGGAGUGUGUGAGACGAGCUGGGAUCAUGAGCCAGGCUCCAACCAAGUGGUUUUAAUCAGCAGCCCAUUAGAGGGGAAUGGAAAACUUCUAACGGGAUAAGAGCUGAGUUGUUCCCACAGCCCCAUGGGAGGGCAGUUCACAGGACCCUGCUCUUCUGGACGCGGUGACUUCUUGCCAGGCACCAGGAAAGCACUCAGCAGCGGGAAUGGGGAAAGCCCUCCGUAGCUUUGGAUAAAGCCCGUUUCGGCAUUUUUACCGUCAGGACAUGGCUACUGCUUCUGCAAUGUGGCCAAGGGUGGAGUGAGGACAGCACAUUGGCCAUGGUUUGUGGGCACGGCCCCAGAUGCCGCAGGCUUUGUCGCCCUCGCCCCCUCCUCCUGGCCCUGGUGGUGGCCGUCUGCCUGUUCUGCCAGACCCUGACUCCCCUCAUGACCAACAGCUUCCUUUCAGCAGUUGUUAAUGGGAUCUCCCCGAACAAACAGAGUAAAACAUGGCAAGGAAGAUACAAGGAGGUCUCAGCCAGCGACACACGCUGCUUCUUUCCCAUCAGUGAUUCACACAAACUGAAAAAGAUUAAAGACACUGUUCUCCAGUACUUUGGAAGCCGUACGAGAAGAGCAAUUCUGUACGCACCUCCUGCCCACAGCAAAGCCGAGCAUCAGCUCUGUCAACGCAUCCUGGCAAAGCAUGGAUAUUCAGUCACAGUUCUUGAAAACAGGAGAUUGGUGGAUGAUCUGAGACAUGAAGGCCCUUAUCACAGUAGCAUAAGCCCAUGGGAUCUUCUGAUCUGCUUAUCUUCCACAAAAGAUGAUGAUACUAGCUGCAUUCAGAGAGAUGACUUGCAUCAACUGGAGUUAUUCCAGAAGGUAAACCUACUUCCAGAAAUUCAGUAUUUCCUUUGCAGUAAAGAGGGAUUGUGCCAGAUAACAAAAGCCUUUUCAGACACGCAGCUCUCAAUUGCCACCCCAGAGUGCUCCAGUUGGCACAGGCUGUCGGGGGACAACACUGCAAGCAACAUCACCCACGGCGGCAAAAGCAAUGUCAAGAAAGACAUCGCCCAUCUGCAGUACUUAUGGAGCCAAACCAAUGGAGCACAGCUGAAUCAAGUGUCAGCUUCAUCAAACCACAAGGAUAUCCUUAAAGCUCAAGACUUUUCUGUCAUCAUAAAAGCAUACGUGCUAGUUACAUCCUUAACACCUUUGAGGGCCUUUCUUCAUUCAGCUGCUACUGUCUGGCAUCCACCCAAGAAGAAGCACUUUUCUGUGAAGGUAAAAUGUUUUGUUUCCUAG